AUGGGCAACAGCCUGCGCCGGGCCGCGACCUCUGGGCGUACCGGCCUGACGUACCGGGAGCGGAAACAUGUGCGCGACAGCUGGCAGGCAUUCUGCCGCGCCAAGCCCGACUACGGGGUGCUGAUCUUCGUCGAGUUCUUUCAACGGUACCCGUCCCACCUGCAGCUGUUCCCGCCCUUCGGAAAUCUGCCGCUCAGGGACCUUGUCUGCAACCACACGUUCCGGGCGCACGGUUUGGCCGUCGGCCACCAGAUCACGGCGAUGGUGGACACGCUCGACGACCCCGAUGUGAUGAUUGAGCUGAUCCGCAAGAAUGCAGUCAGGCACGCGUUGAAAUCCGGCGUGAAGGCCGAACAUUUCGAGAGCCUGCUGCACGUGAUGCUGGAAACCAUGCAGACGCGCUGCCCCGAACACUUCACGCCGGACGUCAUCGCCGCGUGGACAAAACUGUUCCACGUGGUGAUGACCGUAACGAAGCCAGCGUUCAUCGGAACCGCUACACCUGAACAGGUUCGUAUACUGCCUCAUUUUGCAGUGCACUAA